AUGGCGUCCAGCACGCCACUCGACUCGUCGGUCACCCAGGGCUUGGUGGCCGAGCGCAAGCGGCGCGGUGUUGGAGGCUCGCAGGCGGCCACUGAGGUGCCAGUCCUCUCGCUGCGCCGCUAUUUUGAGGGCACCGCCGACGGAAAGGCGGCCGUCGCGCGCGAUUGGGACGAGGCGUGUCGCAAGGUGGGCUUUGUCACCGUGGUCGACCAUGGCGUCCCGCGCGACGUGAUCGACGCGUGCUGGGAGGAGACGACCUCCUUCUUCGACCGGCCGCUGGCUGAGAAGGCGGCGGUGCCGACGUCCUCGGACUACCCGUACGGCUACAUCGGGAUGGGGAUGGAGAACCUGCAGGCGUCGCUCGAUGAGACGAGCCGCAACCCGGGCGACAUCAAAGAGAUGUUCAACAUUUGCUUUGGCACGGCAGAGCCGGACCCCGACAAGCCGGCGCCGCGCUGGCCUGCGCAGUCCGUCGGGAUGCGGAGGGCGUGGCAGGCGUACGACGCGGCGCUGGCGAGGCUGUCGGAGGCGCUCUACGCUGUGAUGGCCCUCGCGCUCGGGCUGCGCGAGGAUUGGUUCGCCGACAAGGUCAACCGUCACCGCAACGUGAUUCGUGCAAUCAACUACCCAGAGCUGCGGACGCCGCCGCUGCCGGGGCAGGUGCGUGCGUCUGUCCAUACCGACUACGGAUCGCUGACCAUCCUGCGGCUUGGCGGGAGAUACGCGGGCGGGCUGCAGGCGAUGGGCGCCUCGGGCGAGUGGGUCGACGUCGCACCACGCGGGCAGGACUGCUUCGUCAUCAACCUUGGCGACUUGAUGGCGCGCUGGACCAACGACCGGUGGCUCUCGACGCCGCACCGCGUGGUCAACCCGCCGCAGGCGCUCGCGGCGACCGCGCGCCGCCAGUCCAUCGCCUACUUUUGCAACGUCAACAUGGACGCGCGCGUCGAGUGCAUCCCGACCUGCGAGGGCGGGCGCGCGAAGUACGCGCCGAUCGCCGCCGGCGAGUGGCUGAUGCGAAAGCACGCGCAGACGGUGGCGGGGCAGCUCUGCUACGCGGUGGAGGAGGGGGGCGGGGAGGGGGGGGGAGCCGACGCGCCGUGCGGAGAGGCGGCGAGGGGCGUCGCCGAGGACGACGCGGGCUGUUCCGUCUCCCUGUGCCCCGAGAGCCCGCAGAGGCCUCUCCGUGAUGGCGUUUGA